UCCGCCCGCCCUCAGCCGAAGAUGGCGGGUGCCGGCCGGGCCUGGCGGGCCGGAACGCUGCUAUUGCCGCCAGCCUGGCGGCUGCGGGCYCCGGGACGAGCUUUCGGCGCCGCGGCGGGACCGGGAGGCAGCGGAGGCGGUGGCCGCCUGGUGCUGGGCGCUGCCUUCGCGCUGGGCGGCGGCGCCGGGCUGUGCCUGGCUGCGCGGCAGCGCCUGCGGGAGCACUCGGCCGCUGAGCUGCCUGCAGGGAACCUGCAGCUCACUCUCUACCAGUAUAAAACGUGUCCUUUCUGCAGCAAAGUCCGAGCUUUUCUUGAUUAUCAUGGACUGCCAUAUGAAAUUGUGGAAGUGAACCCAAUCAUGAGAAAAGAGAUCAAAUUCUCUUCCUACAGAAAGGUGCCCAUCCUGCUAGCCAAUGCUGGGAGCCCUCUGCAAUUGAACGACUCCUCAGUGAUAAUCAGUGCGAUAAAGACCUAUCUUAUUUCCAGGAGGAAUAGCUUGGAAGAAAUCGUGUCCUUUUAUCCACCUGUUAAAACCAUGACUGAGCAAGGCAAAGAGGUGUUUGAGUAUGAGAAUAAAUACUGGCUCAUGCUGGAUGAGAAGGAGACAAAGAGAGUCUAUCCUGUUAAAGAAGUGAGAGUGGAAGAAAUGAAGUGGAGAAAAUGGGCAGAUGAUUGGCUUGUUCACCUUAUUUCCCCCAAUGUUUACCGCACCCCCAAAGAAGCCUUGGCAUCUUUCGAUUACAUUGUCCGUGAGGGGAAGUUUGGCAUCUUGGAAGGUCUCUUUGCCAAGUACGUGGGGGCUGUUGCCAUGUUCUUCGUUAGCAAGAGGCUGAAGAAAAGACACCGGCUUCGAGAUGAUGUCCGAGAAGACUUGUACGAAGCAGUUAACGAGUGGGUAAAAGCUGUUGGCAAAAAUCGACUGUUCAUGGGUGGGAACCAGCCAAACCUCGCUGACCUGGCAGUGUAUGGGGUGCUCCGGGUCAUGGAAGGGCUGGAAGCCUUUGAUGACAUGAUGGUUCACACCAACGUUCAGCCUUGGUACCAGCGCAUGGAACAAGUCAUUGAAAAAACUGGAGUUGCAAUCUGAUGCCAGCUGCAGCUGCCUCCCUGAAGUACUUGCAUGGUGAAAACUUCAGAAGAAAUGGCUUUUAUUUUUAGAGUUGACUGGUCGCACCUAACAGACUGACAUUGUGGGCACAGAGACCRCCCUGUUUAGAACAUCAAAUCGCAGUGAGAGAAGGGUCCAGCUGUUUAGAAGGAUGGGGACAGGUCAAAGAAAGGGAUCUCUAGAUGCUGCUGGAAAGGAGUCACUCUGAACUGAAGAAAGCAGCAAAUAGCAUUCUUUCAGACAAGAGCCAUCGUCAGAGCAGGUUACUGUAAAAGCAAGAUGCUCUUGGCUGGUGUUAUGGCUAUGUCAGAUGUGGUAGGCCUGAUCAGCUUUUGCCUCAGGCUGUCUUCUGCUACUCAUCCAUGUCACCUGAAGUGUUUUUCUGACUGAGACACUGGAUAUUGGUUUUUAAGUGACAAUAUUUCCUGCAAUAGAAUCCUGUAAGSCCCGUGCUGAGGGAACUGGAAAAAUCCCCAGUGCUGGAGCAGGCACCUUUCCUCUGACAAAAGUGAGGCUAUGCUCAGCAGGGUUUGUGAUUUCACUCUUCAUGUAAACGGUUCUCUCAGGACUUGAUUCUGUACUGUCUGCAAGGAUAAAGGCUGGCUUUAUUCUAUCCCCUUUGUGAGAUCUGAGUUCUUACCUUACCCUUUACACCUGAAGAACACACCCUACACUGAAACCACUAAGGCAGARCAGUUAUUSGAAAGGCUUGUCUUGCRUGAGAUUUCUCUGGAAUAUUCCWGAAGAUCAGUUUGUUCUUGCUUUAGGUAAAGAAGGAUUAAGAGCCAUCUGCAUKGCCAGGGGAUCUCUAGAUGUUUCUGUCAUGCAAGAGUAACAAAGGAUUUGCUGAUGUGGCAAUCAGAUUAGGAGCUGUACCUGCAGCUAAUGUGCAAUGUGAAGUCUUCUGUGCUGUGCURGGUAGAAUCAUAGAAUGGUUUGGGCUGGAAGGGACCUUUAAAACCAUCUUGUUCCAMCCCCCUGCCAUGGGUAGGGACACCUUCUACUAGACCAGGUUGCUCCAAGCCCCAUCCAGCCUGACCUUGAAUACUUCRAGGGAYGGGGCAGCCACAGCUUCUCUGGGCAACCUGUGCCAGGGCAUCAUCACCCUCWUAGGGAAGAAUUUCUUUGUAACAUCCCAUGUAACCCUGCCCUCUGUCAGUGGGAAGUCACUGCCCCAUGUCAAAGUCCCUCUCCAGCUCCAGAAACAAAGUCAUGGUAAGACAUGGUGCAGGUCUGAAUGUGAGUGAUCCUCUGCACAGCCCAAGGCUUCAGUAUCCUUAAUAACCACCUYGAUCAAGUUCUGUUUCCCCAGAAGAACAGGCAGGUUUCAGGGAAUCUGAUUUGUUGUGAUAUUUCAGAUGCAGCUGAAGUUGGUCUGUAAUGUAGCUGCCAGCCCAGUGUAUAUUCAGGGGAAGUACUUUAUUGGUCAUAACAGUGAUGGUGAUAGAGAUUUGGAGUUUUUUCUGAAUGUAGGCCUAGUUCCAUACUAAGUUAUGAUAUGACAUGGAUGGGAGAAGGAAAAUGUUUACAGUAAAAAUGGCUGUGUGGCUGCUCUGURACUUGUAUUUCUUUAAACCAUUCUGUACUGAAACUUGUGUUCCACGGUGUCCACAGGCAAUGUUUUAAAGAAUUAUAUUGAACAUGCAUAAACAGAGGUUGAAGAAUAAUUUAGACAUCCACGUCAACCCAAGAGGGAGGAAGAGUUUCAUGUUAAAUGAGGAUCUGAAGCRCCAAGGGCUCAGUGGCUCCACUUCAUGCUGUGCUGUGCUAUAUCAAAGAAUUCUCUCAAGAUGAAUAUCCCUAACACUAACAUGCCGAUAACAUUACAUUAAAUAAAGGUUGUUUCAGGAUUUUGUAUCACCUU